AUGAACUUCACGUUGCGUGUGCCAAUUAGUUAUCAGGAGUUAGCUUCUACAGCACCGCUAGUCACGCCCCCUUGGUUAUUGGCAUACGAUCCAUCGAUGCAAAUACAUGUCGCCGUCUUGUCCAGUUCCCCAACAUCGAAAAACUGCAACUCAGCUCUCGGACACGACGGACACGGAAAAGUUACCCAAAACAUCCUUUCCAACCCCGGUCCCGCCACCCGCGCCCGCACCCGUCGUCCGAGGGCGCCGAUAGGGCACUGUCACAUUCCAAAACGCGCCGGAAAUGAGCUGAUCAGGACGAUCAGUGUGCCUGGCAUCGCCAAGGUAGGGUCAAUGGGUCAUGUACUUGCUGCUCGCGUGCUCAAUCUUCAUAGCGUUUCAUUACGGCGGGCCCGGCGAGACAUUGGGAGCUUUAUUGGCGGAUUAACGGACUAA